AUGGUCUCUUCCUUGAACUUUGAGAUGGACUCCAGCAUGAGAAACAAAGACCCUCACGGCCCCUCCAUUGGAAGCCCCACUGACCAGCACCCCCUCAUAAAGAACUCCUUUGAAGAAAAGGGCUCAGAUGAGGAGAAAGCAUUCGAAGAAGAGAGCAAGACUUUCUCUUCCCAGUUAAGAGAGAACAGCACCCAAAGGCAAGGGUUAGAGCCCGAGACAGACAAAGAGGAGAAUUCCAAGGAAACCAAAUUCAAAGGCAGAAAGAGCUGCAUUGCUCCAUCGGGGGCCUCUUUGGGAGAAGAGCGCAGUGUGACUUUGGAAAAGAAGACUCGAAAAGUCCCUGAUGCUGGCCACAGCAGCGACUGCGAGACGACUCCGGAUGUCUGCCCCAGGAGAGCCCAGAGGAGGCGCACCGGGUGCAGCAAGCGGCCGAGAUCCAGGUCCCCAGGAGUCCAGCCGCCUCCACUCCGGAAGUGCCUGGUGACCUCCCUGCGUGCAAUGUCUGAGGCCAUUUAUCAGAACAUGGUCCGGGUGCAGAACCAGCGGGUUCCUUCCCAGCUGAGCGGGGAGCAGCUCUCCAUGCUCUCCCAGAUCCGGGAGCGUCUGUGCGCCCAGGUGCAGACAGUCUACACCAUGGCCACCCAGGCGGCCUAUGUCUUCCCUGCUGAGACCUGGCUCAUCCCAACUCCAAUGCCAGGUCCCUGGGGUCCAGCUGGAGACGGGGAAGAAGCCCAGAGCUCCUCCUAA